CUUAAUUCACGAUUUAAAAUGUUCAUUUUAGUAAGAAAUCUAAGUUAGGAAGAGAUUUAUCUCAAAUGGAGUCGUCCAUUCCACUCCACACUCCCAAGGAAAUCACUUACUAAAAUCGUAGUCAAGGAGGGAGAGAAAUUUGAUUUCAGGAGAAAAGGAGGAAGCGGCAGCGAUCAACAAACGGAGUAUUGAUGGAAAGAUGAGUAGAAUAAGAAGAUUAGCAGGCUGAUCUUUGCCAUGUUGUUCGAUCAAUUGACAUGAGCUUAAAAUUAGGGUUCCUAGAAAUGACUAUCUCGGAGGAUUCGGCAAUCGAUUCAAAAAUCUCUCCUCCAAAUUCAUAUGAAUCUGUAGUUCUUGGUGGAACUUUUGAUCGAUUACACGACGGUCACCGUCUCUUUCUCAAGGCUGCAGCAGAGCUGGCUAGGGAUCGGAUUCUGAUUGGAGUUUGUGAUGGUCCUAUGCUGAGUAAAAAAAAGUUUCGGGAACUUAUACAACCCAUUGAGGAAAGGAUGCAAAAUGUUGUAGAUUAUGUCAAGUCUGUGAAGCCAGCACUCUUGGUACACGUCGAACCUAUCGUCGAUCCAUAUGGCCCAUCCAUUGUCGACGAAACUUUGGAGGCGAUCGUUGUCAGCAAAGAGACAUUAGCAGGUGGAAUGUCGGUUAAUAAGAAGCGUGGCGAGAAGGGGCUUCCGCUACUGAAGAUUGAAGUUGUUGAUUUAGUUACUGAGGAGUCCGGUGGAGAUAAGCUGAGUUCCUCGACACUAAGAAAGCUUGAGGCAGAGAAGGCUGCCCCUGCCUUGCAGCAACAGACACCAAACAUUACUCAUGAAGCUAACAUAUAAAUAAAGCUCCGUCGAGAAAUUAUUUGUAAGAGAUCUCAACACAUUAUCUUGAAUUCAUAUGAACAUUCUCAUAAUGUUAAACCCAAUAAAUUAUCAUAAAGACUCGAUAGAUCUGGUAUGUGCUUUCUGUCUGAAUUUCUGUUCGGGAACUACGGACCUCUACAAUAGUAUGAUAUUUUCUA